AUGGAUAAUAAGAGAGAGAUGCUCGAUCUCCCCAAAUCAGAGUAAACCCUAAUUGUUUUGUUUCUUUAGCUUUCUCUCUCUCUCGAAAGGGAUCAAGGAACUCGCCGGAGAGUGUGUGUGUGUGUGUGUUUUGCCCUCUCUUGACUUUAGUUUUUUCUCUUGAAUCUCUCUUUGUCUGUGACUUCUUCGUGGUAUUUUCGGCGAAGAAAGACAGAGAUCGGAUAUGGCGGCUGAUAACACGGGCGCGAAAUCGAGCUCCGCUGCGGAUUCUUACGUAGGGAGCCUGAUUAGUUUGACAUCCAAGAGCGAGAUCAGAUACGAAGGGAUCCUUUACAACAUUAAUACAGAUGAAUCCAGUAUUGGACUGCAAAACGUCCGAUCAUUUGGAACUGAAGGAAGGAAAAAAGAUGGUCCGCAAGUUCCUCCAAGUGAGAAAGUUUACGAGUACAUAUUGUUCCGUGGAACUGAUAUCAAGGAUUUGCAAGUCAAAGCUUCUCCACCGGUUCAGCCUCCACCUACUAUAAAUAAUGACCCUGCUAUAAUUCAGUCCCACUAUCCUAGCCCGAUGCCAACGUCGAGUAGCUUGCCUCCUACACCUAGCGGGUCACUACCUGACAUGAAUUCUCAUAAUGGACAACCUGGACAACAUGGAAUGGGAUUUCAAAACGGAAUGCCUUUGUAUCAGCCUGGUGGAAAUCUUGGUUCUUGGGGAGCAUCACCACAACCGCCAAUGUAUUGGCAAGGAUUCUACACCCCACCUCCCAAUGGCCUUCCCCAAUUGCAUCAACAGUCUCUGAUUCGACCCCCUCACGGGCUACCAAUGCCCAGUUCUCUGCAGCAACCCCUGCAAUAUCCGAACUUUAAUGCUCCUCCACCUACUGCUCCAUCAACUUUGCAAGGUUCAAGCUUGCCAGAACCACCCUCUUCACUGUUUCCUUUUAGUACCAGUUCUCAAAUUCUACCACCCAGUUCAUUGCCUUUCUCUGGUCUACCUAUGACGCUGUCUUCAGGCCUGCAAUCUACACUGCAAUCAGCACCAUCUCCUUCCCUAGCUUCUGAGAUGGCACCUCCAAUGUUGUCGAACAAAUCUCCUACCCUACCUCAGGAUACUAAUUUGCUUCCCUAUUCUCUAUCAACUACUAGAGCCAACGAUACAGGUGCUGGCCUUCCACUGUCUAACAAGCCUAGUGUAGUUACUGGUCCAAUUUCUCUGCCGCAGACAACACCAUUAACAUCUGCUCCUGUUGCUGGAGUUUCUAGUUCCAUUAGUCAAGAUAAGCCAAAACCUUUGUUAAUUACUCCUGGCCAACUGCUGCAGUCUGGAUCUGCUCCAGUCUCUCUGUCCCCACCCUCUAAAGAUGCGGAUAAAGAUGUUGAGGUGGUUCAAGUAUCAUCAUCAGAUGGGUUGGAGCAAUCUGUUCCAAUCACAUCAGAAGCCCAGCCUCCAAUACUGCCAUUGCCUUCCUCUGCAAGGCCAACUCAGAAGCCAAACGAGCAUUCUUUCCCAAAUCAUAAUGGUUACAGGGGACGUGGGAGAGGACGAGGAAGAGGAGCAGGGAGAUCACACCAGGUGAUGAAGUUCACUGAAGAUUUUGAUUUCACAGCGAUGAAUGAAAAGUUCAAUAAAGAUGAAGUAUGGGGUCAUCUUGGAAAGAGCACCAAUGGUGAUGGUGAUGAUGAUUCCCCAGUCGUAGAUGAAGCUGAGCUGCCUAAGAUCGAGGUCAAACCUGUUUACAACAAAGACGACUUUUUCGAUAGCCUCUCAUCAAAUUCCAUUGACCGGGAUUCCCAAAAUGCAAGGCCUCGAUUCUCAGAGCUACGUAAACUAGAUACUGAGACAUUUGGAGAGUUCUCAAGAUACAGAGGAGGCCGAGGAGGGCGUGGUGGGUAUGGUCGAAACGGUCAUUCACGUGGCGGUUAUGGUGGACGUGGUUAUGGCGGAUAUGGUGGGCGUGGUGGUGGUGGCGGCGGCUAUGGAUAUGGUGGUCGAGGCCAAGGAAGAGGUGUAUCAAAUCGUACUUCCUAGAGAUUGUGGUAAAAGGGGUUCUAAAGACUCGAAGCCGAUGGUGCUCAUGCUUUUGAGUGCUUUUGGUAAGUUGCAAUAAAACAAAGACUGAGUCUGAUGUAAUGUUUAAAAGAAGCCCUCUUGUGUGGUUUUCGAGUGUAUCAAUUUGAUUUCUGAUUUUUGUUUUAAGACUUGGUAACAGCGUCUGUCUUUCGAUAUUCAAAUGUUAUUUUGAACGUUUUGUAGACUUGCGUUUGUGUGAAUUGCAUUUUGAAAUCAUUUAAAUAAUACGCUUCUUGCUCUUU